CCGAGCUCAGAUCCCUCGCCUCGUGUCGUGUCUCCGGUCGACGACGACCAACAGCCAGUGUGGGCCAGACGGACACCGCCGAGCUAUAGCGCUUGGUGAUAGCAAGGGACGACCGGCGGCCGGACCGGAGCACGUACGUACGUACCGCAGCGAUGGCUCGGCAGCAAAGCGUGCAGGCCUUGUGUGUGCUGGCGGCGCUUCUCUUCGCCGCCUCCCUGCCGUCGCCGGCCGCCGCGGGGGUGCACCUCUCCUCGCUGCCCAAAGCGCUCGACGUCACCACCUCCGCCAAACCCGGCCAAGUCCUGCACGCCGGCGUGGACUCGCUGACGGUGACGUGGAGCCUGAACGCCACGGAGCCGGCCGGCGCCGACGCCGGGUACAAGGGCGUGAAGGUGAAGCUGUGCUACGCGCCGGCGAGCCAGAAGGACCGCGGGUGGCGCAAGUCCGAGGACGACAUCAGCAAGGACAAGGCGUGCCAGUUCAAGGUCACCGAGCAGGCGUACGCGGCGGCGGCGCCCGGCAGCUUCCAGUACGCCGUCGCCCGCGACGUCCCCUCGGGCUCCUACUACCUGCGCGCCUUCGCCACGGACGCGUCGGGCGCCGAGGUGGCCUACGGCCAGACGGCGCCCACCGCCGCCUUCGACGUCGCCGGCAUCACCGGCAUCCACGCCUCUCUCAAGAUCGCCGCCGGCGUCUUCUCGGCCUUCUCCGUCGUCGCGCUCGCCUUCUUCUUCGUCAUCGAGACCCGCAAGAAGAACAAGUAGAACGAGUUGCGGCUGCGCGCCAUACAUGCAUACAUGUAAAUCGUCGGCGGCGAUGAGUGGCUGUCGUUGCUGAUUCAUUGGUGCGCGCGACUAUUUUGGUGUAUCAUGUAAGUUACUUUUCUGCAGUGUGUGCGUCAAAAUUACCAAAUAAUAACUUAAGUUUCUCU